AUGACAUCACCCUUUUUCUCCCGAGGACUCAUCUUGCUAGUAGGACUGUGCUGUCUGCUUCCCACAACCAAGACUAAAUAUGAAAAACUCUAUGAAGACUCAAGCAUUGAUCCCUUCCAGUGCCGGAAGGUGGCUCUCACCGUCUGCAAUAUUUCCAUCACCUUGUUCAGAGAGAUGGCCCGCCUGUCAGCAAAUGGAAAUAUCUUAUUCUCCCCUAUUAGAGUCAUUGCUGCCAUUUCAAUGCUGUCCCUGGGAGCCAAUGGUAACUUAAGCAAACACAUCCUGGAGUCCCUAAGGUUCAACAAAACAGGCUUGCCUGAAGCUGAAAUCCACAAGUGCUUCCGGUAUCUGCUCCGUCCCAUCCACUACUCUGAAGAGCCAUCGUCACUAAAAAGUCGUAGCAGUGUGUUUAUCCACCAGGGCCUGACAUCAGUAGACAAAUUUGUGAAAGGAGUCAAGGACCUAUACCACUCUGACAUCAUCUCCAUCAACUUUACAGACAGCAGUAGGGCCAAGACACAGAUCAACAAUUACGUAAUGGAGAAAAGCAAAGGGGAAAUAGCAAACAUGGUCAAGAAUAUGGAGAGUGACACGUUCCUGGCUGUGGUGAACUACAUUAUCUGGAAUGCCAAAAUUUUCAACAACUCUGGCUGCCGGUCCGUCAAAAUGAAGGACUACCACUUAGGACACGGAAUGACAAUCAAGGUACCAAUGAUCCAUACGGUGGGCAUGAAUUACUUGUUCCGAGUCGAGGAUUUGUCUAGCAUGGUGCUGUCCUUUACUCUGCUGGAUGUCAACAUCACAACCUACUUCAUCCUACCUGAUAUAGGGAAGAUGCAGAAAGUGGAAAAGAGUCUGACCUACCCACACUUCCGCCGGAUGAGACGACAAUUGUCACUAAGCCAGAUGUCUGAUUUAGAUACACCAGAACUGUCAUUGUCUGAGACCCAUGACUUGGAAUCAGUGAUGAGCUUACUAGGAAUCACCUAUGUUUUCAACAAUGAUGCCAACAGCUCAGUGGCCAUGAAUGACACAGUUUGGAAGUCCUUCAAGGUGGUGAGCAAGGCCGUGCUGACCAUGGAUGAAAAGGGGUCAAGGCUUGGUACAAACUCGUGCUUUAAAAAUGACGGAUCGGUUGAUGUAACUCGUGUUCAGUUCAACAGACCUUUCCUAAUCUUCAUCCAGGAUCAGACAAAUGAUGCCCCUCUCUUUUUAGGCAGAGUGGUAAAUCCCAAAAACUACCCUUGA